AUGUCACAAGAAGAUAAUCAUUCUGCAUCCACAGCAGAUGCAAAUUUAAACGAAAUUGAAGCCAAAUACGAACAAGAACAACCAUUAGAUGAAGAAGAAAAACUAGAGCACAGCGCUAAUGAAUUAAAUCAAAAGCCACUUAAAUCCUAUAUUGGGGUUAUCAUUAUGUGUUUCCUAAUUGCUUUUGGUGGGUUUGUUUUCGGUUUUGAUACUGGUACUAUUUCCGGUUUUAUCAAUAUGACUGAUUUCAAGAGAAGAUUUGGUCAACAGAAAUCAGAUGGUACUUACUACUUUUCCAAUGUUAGAACUGGUUUGAUUGUUGCCAUGUUCAAUGCAGGUUGCGCCAUUGGUGCUUUGUUUUUGUCAAAAGUUGGUGAUGUUUUUGGACGUAGACUUGGUAUUGCUGGUACGAUGAUUAUUUAUGUUGUUGGUAUCAUUGUGCAGAUCUCAUCUUCAAACAAGUGGUACCAAAUAAUGAUUGGAAGAAUCUUUACCGGUAUUGCUGUUGGAUGCUUGUCUGUUUUGUGUCCACUUUUCAUUUCCGAAGUUUCCCCAAAACAUUUGAGAGGUACAUUGGUUUGUUGUUUUCAAUUGAUGAUUACAUUGGGUAUCUUUUUGGGUUACUGUACUGAUUACGGUACCAAACAAAGUUACUCUGACUCGAGACAAUGGAGAAUCCCAUUGGGUUUGUGUUUUGCAUGGGCUUUGUUGUUGGUUGGUGGUAUGAUUCGUUUACCAGAAUCACCAAGAUACCUCAUUGGUAAAGACAAGAUUGAUGACGCUAAACAAGCAUUGGCCAGAACCAAUAAAGUUUCACCAGAUGACCCAGCUUUAUACGCUGAAUUGCAAUUACUUCAAGCCGGUGUUGAGAGAGAAAGGUUGGCUGGAAAUGCUGGAUGGUUGACCUUGAUCAAAGGUAAACCAAGAAUCUUUGAAAGAGUUGCUGUUGGUCUUAUGUUGCAAUGUUUACAACAAUUGACUGGUGAUAACUAUUUCUUCUAUUACAGUACCACCAUUUUCCAAGCUGUUGGUUUAGAUGAUUCAUUUGAAACAUCUAUUGUCAUUGGUGUUAUCAACUUUGCCUCCACUUUCUUGGGUAUCUACUUGAUUGAGAAAUUAGGUAGAAGACAAUGUUUGUUGGUUGGUUCAGUUGGUAUGUCAAUUUGUUUCUUGAUUUAUGCAUUGAUUGGUACCCAACACUUGUACUACCAUGGAAGCAGUGGCGCCACAAGACACCCAGAUGGUGAUGCUAUGAUAUUUAUCACGUCACUCUACGUUUUCAUCUUUGCUUCGACAUGGGCUGGUGGUGUUUAUUCCAUUGUUUCAGAGUUGUACCCAUUACAAGUUAGAUCGAAAGCUAUUGGUGUUGCUAGUGCCGGUAACUGGGUCUUCGGUUUCCUCAUUUCUUUCUUCACCUCCUUCAUCACUAGUGCAAUCCAUUUCUACUAUGGUUUUGUUUUCUUUGGAUGUUUGUUGUUCUCAAUCUUUUUCGUUUACUUUAUGGUUUACGAAACAAAGGGACUUAGUUUGGAAGAAGUUGAUGAAUUAUAUGCUGCUAAGGUUGUCCCAUGGAAGUCAAGCAGUUGGACUCCACCAUCAGAAGAAGAAAUGAAGCAUUCGACAGGUUAUGCUGCUUAUGCUAAACCAGAAGAGGAACAUGUUCAAGACACUGUCUAA